CGCUGUCCCCGGCCCCACGCGGGACUCUGGUCCCUGCCAGGCGCCUCCCUGUGCUGUGGCUCCGAUUGGUGUAAAGUCUGCACGUUAUCACCCACUCCAGCACCGGGGCUCAUAAAACCUGGCUGGGGCAGAGCCCGGUGCCACCGCUGCCACUGCCUGCUCCCGACCGGCCCCAUGGGCACCUCUUCCUUCUUGGAGAGAGCCCGGGCUCUGCUCCACAUCCAGAACCAGCUGGCGCGGGAGUGCCUGGCUGAGCUGCUGGCCGUCCUCGUGCUCAUCCUCAUCACCCUGAGCGGCUCAGCACAGAUGGUCACCAGCUCCGAGACCAAGGGGAACAUCCUCACUGUGUACCUGGCGGGCGCCCUGGCUGUCAUGGUGUCCAUCUACAUAGCAGGGGGAGUCUCCGGGGCCCACCUGAACCCCGCGUUCACCCUCACCAUGUGCUUGCUGGAGCAGUUUCCCUGGUGGAAGUUGCCCAUCUUCGUGGCCGUGCAGACCCUGGGAGCGUUCAUCGCCGCCGGAAUCGUCUACGCUCUGUACUAUGACGCCAUCCAUCACUACAGCAACGGGACCCUCACCGCCUCCGGCCCCCGGGAAACCGCCUCCAUCUUUGCCACCUACCCCGCUGACUACCUGUCCCUCUCCAAUGGCUUCUUGGACCAGGUGAUAGCCACGGCGCUGCUGAUCGUGGGCAUCCUGGCCAUCCUGGACACCCGCAACAAAGGUGUCCCCAAGGGCCUGGAGCCAGUGGUUGUGGCCCUGCUGGUGUUCUCCAUCGAGGUCUCCAUGAACUCCAACUGCGGCUGCCCCAUGAAUCCUGCACGGGAUUUCGGGCCCCGGCUCUUCACCUACGUGGCAGGUUGGGGCACAGAGGUCUUCAGCAGGGGCAACGGGUGGUGGUGGGUGCCGGUGGUGGCACCGAUGCUGGGCGCUGCCGUGGGCUCAGCCCUGUACCAGCUCCUCGUGGCGUUCCACCACCCACUGUUGGAGGGCGCCGACGUGGCCGAGCAGAGCUCCCCGGUCCCCACCAGCCGGGGUGAGGCCACCGGCCCCACGGACCCCGAGACCUCACCCACAGAGAAGGACACCAGGAGGAUGCUGGAGACAGCCCCUACCUCCAGUCUGUGGCACCGGCUCCCCAUGACCCCCAUUGCACCAAUAAAUGAGCCCUGAAGCCAUGG